AGUUCUAACCAUCAAAUACACAAUAAAGCGGAUGAACACAGAGUGAGCGACACACAGGACCACAGACUGUUCCCUCCCAGUUGAAGCAAAGUGAGCUGUAGGUUCACCACGCGCCUUCUCUUAAGGCGCCUUUUGACACUUUUGGACAGUUGUUGAAACUUUUCUUUGCUGACGAGCAGCCAUGGGUUCCUUCGGGUGGGGCCUCGUCACCAAUUUCUUCACCUAUGAGACCACCAAGUCUGUGUUGGUCAAGAGUUGGUCCGUGGGCAUCAUCAACCGAGUCGCACAGCUGCUCAUCAUUUCAUAUUUCUUCGGCUGGGUCUUCGUCCACGAGAAAGCGUACCAGGCGUUUGACACCGGCAUCGAGUCCUCUGUGAUGACCAAAGUAAAAGGCUUGGGUUACCACAACGGCCGAGUGAUGGACGUUGCCGACUACGUCUUCCCCCAACAGGGCGCCGGGAUCUUCUGCAUCAUGACCAAAGUCAUCGUCACAGAAAAUCAGUUUCAAGGAUAUUGUUCAGAGGUGGGAGGAAUGUUUAAAUGUACCAAAGACGAAGACUGCCACAAGCACAUGGGCAGCAUCCUCUCCAACGGGGUGAUUACAGGCGUCUGCGUUAACUCCACCAAUGCAACCAAGGCUCAUUGCGAGAGUUUCGGAUGGUGUCCAGCCGAGAACGACCGAGUUGCGGUCAAACCGAUGCUGGAUGUGAGCAACUUCACCAUCUUCAUCAAAAACAGCGUUCGCUUUCCAAUGUUCGAUGUCACCAGAGGGAACCUUAUCUCCACAAUGACGUCCGAUGAUAUCAGGAAAUGUACUUACCAUCCCGAGACGAACCCCUACUGCCCCAUCUUUCGCGUGACGGACGUGCUGAAUUACACUAAUCAGAACGUGGCGGACCUCGCACUCAAGGGUGGAGAAAUAGGAAUAAAUAUUGAGUGGAAGUGUAACUUGGAUCUGGACAUUGAAUAUUGCUUACCCAAGUACAAAUUCACACGACUGGAUGCGCCGUUUGCCAAGAAUGCCAUUUCCAGCGGCUACAACUUCAGAUUUGCCAAAUAUUUCCAGACGGAGAAUGGGACGGAAUUUCGGACGCUUCACAAAGCGUUUGCCAUCCGCUUUGACGUCAUGGUCACCGGCAAAGCAGGAAAGUUUGACAUAAUCCCGACACUCAUCAACUUGGUAGCUGCCUUCACCUCUGUUGGACUGGGUACGGUUCUCUGUGACAUUAUCCUGCUUAACUUCUUGAAAGGGGCAGACCAGUACAAAGCCAAGAAAUUUGAAGAGGUGUCGGAGGCUCAGAUAGACGCGUCCCACGGUCGGAGCCCAGACAGCCAGCUGUCCCUUAGACCAGGUAUCAAGAGCUCCUACGACUCUGGAGCCAUUUCCCUCGAUGCCUCUGAUCAACCAGUCUGACUGACGACGACAACAACAACAACAACAACAACAACAACAACAAUGUGAAGAAUGGACUUCUCUUUCUCUUUCCAUUGCUGCAAGAGAUCCUGGUUGUCAGGCCAGUGCAGUCAGUUUUCGUUUGGCGAGCUUAUGGAAUCUUUGCAGUUUCGCGGAGGAGGAGUCAGAAGGAAAGAAUAAUCACCUGUUGUAUGGCUGAUACGAAUAAUUGGAGUUUCUUGGUUAGCAUCACGCAGGCACAUAUUCUCCAGAUGGUUUAGGAGGAAACUCAAGGGAUGGCAUACUCCUCAGCAUUUAUAUAAAGCUUGGUUUCAAGUACAAUAAUUCUACUUGUAGGGCAUUACACAGUAGUAAACUGCUAUUUUAAUGUCAUCAGUUUCAUUUUACAGCUAUAAUAAACUACGAGCACAUGUUUGUUAGCCAAACACAUUAAAGCUGUUUUCCUUUAGCUUUGCUCGAAUGAACCAGAAUAACAAAAAAAACAUGUUGAGUAUUAAAUAACAAUAACAGCCCUGAGAAUAAAGUAUUUGACUACCAUUUUG